CCCGCGGCCACGCCAAAUCGCCAAUCAGAAGUUCAGAACCCACCCACUCGCGGAGGCGUACUACCACGCAAGGACGGGGGAGGGAGAGCGCGCGGCGAGGCGCGGCUGGUUGCGGCGAUGCCGAGGAUCCCGGCUACCGAGCGGCCGCGGCUGACGCUCGAGGAUUACAUCGUCUUCUUCACCACCCGCAGCGGCAACGGCCUCAGCCUCCACCACCUGAACCAGAUCAUCUACAUGCACGCGUUCGCCAAGCUGCACCGGGUGCCGAAGUCGGCGUUGGUGGACGCGCUCGGGUCGGUGGAGCUCAUGCGCCCGCGCCGCUCCACCGUGCCCCUCAACGCCACCGCGCUGCCACUGGGCGCCGCCUCGGCCGCGGCCGCCGCGCUCUCCGCGGGCGAGGCCACGCGCGACAUCGAGGACAUCGGCUGGCGCGAGUGCCCCGUCGGCUCCCUCCUCUCCGUCCGCGCCGGGCUGCGGUCGCCCGCCGCGGCGGCCGCCGAAACCCUCUUGCCCAUCUCCGCGAUCGCCCCCGGCUCCACGGAGCAGAUCUCCCCGCCGAGCCUGCUCAGCGCAUCGUCGCCCUUGCCCCCCGCGCUGCCGGCAGCGGCCAGGAAGAAGCGCUCCCUGACGCGCAAGGGGAAGGCCGCGAUUCGGACCAGGCGGCGGCGCGUGGUGGAGCUGCUCACGCUCCCGUCCGUCGAGAUGGCCGCCGCCGCCGGCCUAGCGACGCCGCCGCCCCCACAAGCUCUGCUCACCGGCCCGUCUGCUGGCGAGCAGGCACCGGCAUCUGCUUGAUUUCUGCUUUCGAUCAUCAGUACUACAACAACAUGCACUGGUGUUAGGUUGGGUUCGGUUGUCGUUGGACUAGCUUCAGUUUCCGGUGAGACCUUGUUCCGUCCUUUCGGUAGAGAAAGACUAGAAUGAGUGAUCUGUAAAUUAUGAUGGUGAUGAUGAUGUGGAAUCGGGCGUGAAGGAUCAAUGCUUUAUUAUUCAGUUGAAAGGAGUUGUGAUCGAUAGACUAUGGUGGUGUUGAGGGAUCACCAUGAAGGUUCAAAGCAAAUUAAAAUUUAUUUAGUUAGCGACAUUGAAA